GUAAAAUUAUAGUUUUCAUGGUUGUUCAUUUUGCUUUAUACCUAGUUAAGUGCACACGGGAAAAGAUAAAGUGGUUAAAAUAUAAACUGAAAGAAUAUGUUUAAAAGUAUACUCUUGUGUUUUUUGUUGUUAAUUUUUGUGAACUGUGAUUUAAAAAAAUCAUGGAGCAAGUUUAAUAAACACCCUGUACAUACGCCGAAAUUUGUCGACAUUUAUACCAACCAUGACAAUUUUGAAGAAGUUUUGAAACAAUACAGUGAAAUCAGAAGAAAUCCCAAGGAGCACUUUAUAAGAGAUCCUAUAAAAAAAAUAGAUCAUAAAAAUGAUGAUAUAGAAUCGGAAUUUGGUGAAAUAGUUGAUUUAAGUCCAAGUGAUAUUGUGGGUUAUACCAGAAACACCUAUGAAGUUAAAAGACCAAACUAUGAAAAUGGACACGAUAUCAGCAAUUUUAAUGUCGAAAAUUUGGGGAAUGUAAAUGAUGAAUAUGUGGAUAAUAUGGUACCUCUGAAUUUGUAUAGUAAUGCAAGACCAAAAUUCAAAACCCAAAAAUAUAGUUAUAGGAAUAAUACAGCUUAUGUAGAAAGAAUCCCCAAAUAUAUGUACAAUAGUAAUAUUGUAUUGGUGAAGAAUAAUACCAAGGCUGAAGUGAAUGAUAUGUUGAAGAAGUACAUUAACAAAUUAUACUUACAGAAGUAUAAUACAACAGUUAAGACCUACUCUAACCCGACAAUCUAUAAGAUUCCCAAAAACGAGUUAAACCCAUCCAACUCCAAAUUUCUAGAUGGAGCUAUUUCAGCGGUAAAAAACAAGACCAUCAAGAUCGCCAACAAAUUUUUGAGUUUGUUUCAAGUGGUCCAAUUUUCAAACUCCAAAUGCACAGUGACCAGUUCCUCUGGCACCUACGAUGGUGUUUGCUACUACUCCAGUGACUGCGUCAGGUUGAAUGGCACUUCCAUGGGAAACUUUAAGAACACUUGUGGAGGGAGUUCGGGACAGAACUGCACCUAUUUCGAGAGUCCGAACUAUCCCAACUAUUACCCAGCUAACGACACUGGUAUGGUGAUACCAACCACGCAAGCUCCGACUACAGUGAAUCCCACGCCGGAUCCACGAUGGAAGUACUACCACUACACCCAAUCAAAUUUCGAUUUUUGGCCCGGCUAUGCGAGGCAGGAGACUUCCAAUACGCUGUCUUGCAUCUUUAGGGUUUUAAAGACGAACGCAAAUGUUACCCAGAUGAGAAUCGAUUUUUUGGAUUUUGAGGUGAGAAAAUCAGUUUUUGAGGUUUAUUAA